AUGGUGAAACCAUAUAAUGCGAAGAACGAAGAUAAUUACUUUCUUAAUAAUAAAAAUAAAAAUUCUACAUUCGAUUGCAACAUAGAAAUAAUUUCAAGUGAUGAAGAGGAAGAUAUAAAACCUCUUUCUAGUUUAUUAAAUAUAGAAGCUAAAAAAGACUUAUUGAAAGAGGAAUUAGUUGUUAACAAUAAUAUUACGUAUAUUGAAUUAUUACCAUAUGUUUCAGUAAAUAAAAAAGCAAGAAUUGAUCAUUACAAUAGUAAUUAUCAAGGUGUGAACAUUUCAUUAGAUACAAUUAAUCCAAAAGUCAAGAAAGAGAAUGUUAAUGUUACGAAAACAUCUGCAAACAUUGGCGGUGAAAGCCAAGGUGCAGAUUUAAAAAAAGAAUUUGUAUUGCAUGAGGAAGAACUAAAUCAGACUGAACAGAUAAAAAAUGAAUAUGAUGAAUCAGAUUCUACAAUAGAAUGGUUCAGAGACUUAUAUUCAAGUGAUGAGGAUGAAGAGGAAGAUAUAAAACCUAAUAUUCCUCUUUCUCAUUUACUAAAAAUGGAACUUGAAAAAGACUUGUUCAAAGAGUUAAGAUUCGGUUAACACGCUCACGGCAACGGCAUAAUUUAAUUAACAUAUUAUUAUUAUUAUUAUUAUUAGUAGUAGUAGUAGUAGUAGUAGUAGUAGUAGUCUUUAAAUUAUUUAAUUUACAAGUAUUAAGAGACGAGGUUUUGAUAGAUUUAAAUAGUUUUACAUAUUUAACUAUUAUUUUUUUAACAGUUUGUUUUUAACAAUGUCAUUACUCAUAAGUAUUAUAAAAAAAAAGACAGUUUUAUAUAUAUAUUUGUUUAAAAAGUAAAAUAAUAUUAUAUUAAAUAUAAUUAAAAUUUUAACCUAUUC